AAAGCGCUUCAAACGAAUUCCAACGGCGAAGGACGCAGAUGCAGCGCGGUCAAUUGCUUGGCAUCGGGAUCUUCUCGAGCAUCGUCGCCGGUACAGCCAGCAUGGGCGUCUGGCAGAGCAACCGGUACUUUUGGAAGGUCGACCUUAUCGAGACGCGCCGCCAGCGACUGCAAGAAGCGCCCGUGCCAUUGCCCAAUGACAUCGCUGCCGAAAACGUCAACGCCGAGCUGGAGCACCGGCAGUUGGCUGUCGAGGGCCAUUUCGUGCCGGGCAAGACAUUCUACCUCUACCCGCGGUCGCCGCCCAUCGACAUGUCGGAAAGCAAGGGCAAGGUCUCGUCCGGCGGAUUCAUCUACGACCUCUUUGAGCGCGCGAACGGGACGUCUGUCAUUGUCAACCGCGGCUGGCUGCCGAAAGACGAAAUGGAAAAGCACAUGGCGUUGACGACGUCGCGCCCGCCCGAGGAAGUCAACGCUGCCCCCGCGACGGUGCAGCUCGUUGGUGUCAUGGUUCAAGGCGAAGAGGAAAAGACCUUCUCGCCGCCCAACGAGCCGACGAAGCGCCACUUUUUCUGGCUCAACCAGCCCGAGCUCGCGCACGCCAUGAUGGGCAAGACCGAGUACACGCCGAUCCUCCUCGAAGAGUUCAACGACGAGCCAACGGCGGCCAAGAACGCGCAGGAGCUUGUGAAGAAGCACAAGGACCAGUACCUCGAGUUCUACAUGACGCCGUGGAAGCACGCCAUGUACGCAGGCAUCUGGUUCUCGUUGGCUCUCAUGGGCACUGGCAUGGUCUUUUACCGCUUUCGCUCCACGGCCGUCGCCAAGAAGGUCGCCACGAAGAAGCUCUAAUCCGUUUGGCAUCCCGAAAUGACCAAAGCGCCGCGUUGCAAGGACAGCGAGCGUUGCGAUCUCCAUUGACAGCGGCGAAUUC